UUCAAUAAAACAUUUGCAUCACUUUUCUGGUGGUAUGGUCCUGCGCCAGAUUUAAUAAAAAGCCUUGUCGCCAGUUUUGGUAGCUUCACUGUAAUGUGUUACAGAUUCAGGUCAUUCUUAAUAGUGCCCAGGGGCGGACUGACCAUUUGGAAACUCGGGCACUGCCCGAGGGCCCGGGGUCAGUAGGGGGCCCUAUUAAAUGCCCCUGGUACUUUUUUCAUAGGCCUUUUUGAGUUUGGGCAAGGACACAGGGGCCCCAUGAUCCUCUAUUGCCCGGGGGCCCCAUGAGUUGUCAGUCCACCCCUG